AUGGUUGUCUCAGAGUUUGUCUUCAUCUCUACCCAUUUUCUUUCAAUUUCUUUAUCUCUUCUCUUCCCCUUUCUUUUUCUUCUCUUUCCUUUUCUUCCUCUCUCUUCCAUUUUCUUAUUCCCUCUCGAUUAUAUUCUUUAUCCAUCUAUCUCUCUUCUUUUUCCUUUUCUAAUAUCUCUCUCUCUCUCUUCUCCAUCCCUUUCUCUCUCUAUAUUUUCUUACCUUUCUCUCACUAUCUCUUAUAUUUCCUUCUUUUCUCUAUAUCUCUUCCCCUUUCUUUUUUCUCCCUCUAUCUCUUCUACUUCUCUUUUUCUCCUUGUCUCUUCUUUUUCCCUCUCUGUCUCUUCUCUUUCCUUAUUUCUCUCCCUCUUCUCUUUCAGUUUCUCUGUCUCUGUCUGUCUGUCUGUCUGUCUGUCUGUCUCUCUCUACAAGUCGAAUGAAGCAUAUCUAUCUAUCUAUCUAUCUAUCUAUCUAUCUAUCUAUCUAUCUAUCUAUCUAUCUAUCUAUCUAUCUAUCUAUCUAUCUAUCUAUCUAUCUAUCUAUCUAUCUAUCUAUCUAUCUCCUUCUGGUUUUAUCUAUCUAUAUCCUGGUUUUAUCUAUCUAUAUCCUGGUGUUAUCUAUCUAUCUAUCUAUCUAUCUAUCUAUCUGCUAAGUUUAGUUAAGUCUUGUACAAGGAUAUGUUUGCAGAGAAACCAUAAAUAUCGAACACAUCUCGCAGGCUUUUGCGAGAUUAGCUUGCUAGACACAGCUAUACCCCAAGACGCCACCGUGAUUAUUUAUUAA